AUGCCCUCCGACGCUUCGACCAUGGUGGGCCUAAGCCCAAACGACUCCGGCUCCGAGCAUGCCUUCCGGUCUCUUCGUGCUGAGGUCGACACUUUUCACCAACACAUCCACUACAAACUCGAUGAGUUGGAGGCACUAAUGGUGGGCACGUUGGACUGCAUUAACCUCCCUUCCCCAGCGGUCAUGAAGGAAUCAGAGAAAGUCUUCGUCCCGGAGGCUAUAGAGCCCGUUGCUAUCUCGAGACGGUGCCAGAACCCUCCAAAUCUGGAAGUGGACACUUUCAAGCUGUACCCCUCGAGCACAAAAGGUGGAACCAGUGGGGGAAAGUCGCAGCUCCAUGGCAGAUGGAUGGAACUGUCGACCCAGCUUUCAUCCGUGCUCUCUGCGAUGCAGCCUGCACGAAGAUCAAACGCAGCACUCAUCGAAGGUUCGCGCAGCCUUUCACUUGGCGUCCGCAUGAGAGAACACUGGUUGGAGAAGCCCCUGCACCCUGAGGGGCUUUUCAGAAUCGCUUGGGACACACUGGCUCUUGUACUGGUGACUUUGGAUGGAUUCCUCACACCUGUUGCCAUUGCUUGGGACUUGGACACCGAAGCGAAUUUCGUAUUCCAUGCCUCCUUUCUAUGCAGCUUCGCGUUCUGGUUUAUGGAUAUAUUUUGCAACUUCAACACGGCCGUCUAUCUGAGAGGAAAUCUCAUCUACGCACGCACGACGAUCGCAAUGCAGUAUCUGAAGUCAUGGCUGCUAUUCGAUAUUCUGCUUAUACUGCUGGAUUGUCUCAACCUGUUUACCACCUCUGUAGGUAAUCUGGCUGCGUUGCGUGUGGCCCGCCUCGUUCGUGCUCUUCGCCUUGUUCGUCUGCUGAAGAUGUCGAAGUUGCACGACAUGAUUCAGGAGGUUGCGGCAGCCUCAGGUCGGCAGUGGAUCAUGCUGGUUAUUGCAAUCGCCAACACGGCUUGCAGAAUACUGGUAGUGGCCCACAUUCUUGCUUGUGUUUGGAUCUGGCUGGGGCGGUGGGUCGAAGCCUCUCAGAGUGUUAGCUGGAUUGAAAUAUCCGGUGCAAAGGACCUAGGCAUCUAUGUCCAAUGGCUGCAUUCGUUACGAUAUGUGAUCAACUCGCCAUCGCCCCCUACGAUUUCACCGAAUAGUGCCACGGAAAGGGUUUUUGACAUCAGCGCCUACAUGUUUUCCUUAAUGGUCAUCGGUUCGGCAAUCUCUUCGGUAGCGGGAACUCUGAAUGAUUUACGUGCCCUGAAUGAAGAACGGGCGCGUCAGCGACGGGAAGUCAGGAUGUAUCUCACCAGCCAACAUGCCGGGUACGAGCUUAUUGGACGUGUGAUGAAAUUUGUGGAUUAUAAGCUUGAGAAGAUGACGGCUUUUAGUUUUGAUGAGUCUCUGAUCUCGCCGACUCUUUACACGGAGCUCUUUGUCGGCCAACGGGGGAAGUUCCUGUCGAAGCUUCCCAUCUUUUCACUGACCCUUGAGAUUUUCCCGGACGUCUUUGCGCAUGUUUGCACCACGCUGCAAAAGCAUGUGUAUGAGAAGGGGGAGCUCGUUUUUGCAGCUGGUGAUUGGGCUGAAUCUUUACACAUGACCGCGGCAGGCAUCUACACACUUUCCGACAUAUCCUUGGAAGAACCCGAUGAUCGGAUUCUCAAAGGCGACGAGGUCCACUGGUUUGCUGAAGUCAGUUUGUACGCAGAAACUGCCAUCCACAUUUCGACUUUAAGAGCCAAGAACAUCGCCGAGAUGUUUAUGCUGUCCGGGGACAGUUUGGUGUCGACAGUGCGUGAUUCGCCUGCCUGUUCCACCCUGUUCUGCGAGUAUGCGAGGGACUUCAUUGCGAAGCAGCGGGGCGUCAGUGACACGCAUGACGAUGAGGUAAGGCAUGCGCGCGACUGCUGCCAGAAGAGCCGGUACUACCAGGAGCUCCAUCCAGAUCAGUCGAAACAGUUCGAGAACAUAGACAUUCUUACAGCUAACUCGGCAGAGUUCCUAGGGUUCGUGGAUGUGCAAGGUGAAGCGGCGGCCGGUCGCUCUCCGCUUCAGGAAGCGGAGCCAGUGAAGUUUGCUGUCGCAAGCCUCAUCGUCGAGCUAACAGAUGGCACACUGGGUGCAGAGGGGCUGCCUCAGAAGCUGCACAGGCUUCUCCCGGAGAUUCACCCCACCCGAGGAACAUACAGUGUUUUCGAGGAAGGGGCAGAAAGAGGUCGUGCAGAAUCUGCAUGCAUCGGCAUACUUGCUCUUCUGGCGAACAGGUAUGAUAUCUACACUUACGUACAAUCAACGAACAAGCUGUCGGAUUUACAGUGGGAGCAGCUGCAGGAGAUAGUCAGGUGGAUUACCCCCACGGAGAAGCAUGUCCGUGCUGUUUUGGUUCUAUUGGCCAUAAGAGGUCUCGGGAAGUCCAAAGGUUUGCUGAGCCAGGUUCCCGAAGAGGAUAAGCAUCCUGAGAGGGCAGUUCUGUACCUCAUGGAAGAGCAGAUAAAUGUGGUCCCGUCAGUUGCGAAACUGGAUGCUGAGGAUGUUGCUUUGCUGCAGGACACGCUCCUGCAUCACGAAACCUUCAAGCUAGCACAGAUGCUUCAAGGUGAGAAUGUCCCGGCAUCCCUGGCUGAGUUGCAGGAGCGCUUUUCACAGAGCGGCGAUGGAGCCUUUCAAUUCUACGUCCUCUUUCUAUUAGGGUUUAUGAGUGGCAUUGCAGGUGGCCUAGGUUCAAGGUUCAUGACAAAAAAGAAUGCAGACGCAGUCAUUAGUUGCAUUUGCAUGCUACAACGUCUUCUAGAAGCGACACCAUUGGGAAUCUACUGGGGCUAUCUCAGUGCCCGCGCCGGAUCGCUCGGCUUGCCUUGCACAACUACGGAGGAUCUUGUUCUCGUUCGCUUGGCGUGCCUGAGUCGAUUACAGGAUCGGGAUGCCUACAUUGCUUUGCGCAAGGCAUGGUGCACCUGUAGCCAGCGAGCGAGGAUGCGAUUGAUGUCGCAUUUCUUGGCUGAUGGCAUGUCUGACCGUGCAUUCGUGCUAGAGUUCCUUCCCGACUGUAUUUCAAACGCGAGAGGCAACAAGCUGGUGGGCUUGUCCGCAUUCCUGGUUGUUCUGGUUGAUCUGCUUGCCAACCUUGCGAUUGUUACCGAGUCUUCACCGAACAUUGACGGCAGAAAGCUGAUCCAUGUUGACCUUUCAGAUAUGAGUGCAUUCACCUUGGCGGUGCAGAACUGCUUCGUGUUCAGAACAUGUGUAUCACGCUGCAACUUCCAGAUUCGAGGGGAGACCGUCCAAGUCCAAAUGACAAGUGAGAAUUGGAGCCGCACGCAGGACCCAGAGACUGACACCACGAACAUGUGCCACAUGAUCACAGAGAUCCUUCUUCAGCAACAGGCUGUUAUGGGACACCUCUCCAUAGAGCAGGCGUCAUCGUGGUCCCUUCCGGCAGCGGCAACAAAUGGAGUGAUGGAAAUGUCGUGCUGA